AUGAAUUUUGAAUUUGAGAGGGAGAUCGGGUUUAUAAAUAGCCAGCCUUCGCUCGCAGAGUGCCUGACGUCUCUUCCCGCUGUCCUGGAGACAUUUCAAACUUCAUCAAUCAAGGACUCGACAUUAAUUCCUCCUCCUUUUGAGCAAACCGUCCUCAGCCUGAAUCCUUGUUCCAGCAGCCAGGCAAGACCGAGGAGCCAAAAAAGAGCAUCUCAUGGCCUGCUCCAGCUCCAGCCCCAGCCUCCGGCACAGCCCGGCCCCUUGGCAGCGGAAUUCCCCUGGAUGAAGGAGAAGAAAUCGUCCAAGAAAGCUACCCAGGCUCCAUCCUCUUCUUCCUCCUCUUCCCCCCCAUCAUCUUCCUCGAUGCCGGUCCCUGCGGCAGGAUCUCCUGCAGACGUCCAGGGGCUGGCAGACACCAGCGGCUCCAGGAGGCUCCGGACCGCGUACACCAACACGCAGCUGCUGGAGCUGGAGAAGGAAUUUCACUUCAACAAAUACCUCUGCAGGCCCCGGCGGGUGGAGAUCGCGGCUCUGCUCGACCUCACCGAGCGGCAAGUCAAGGUCUGGUUCCAGAACCGCCGGAUGAAGCACAAGAGGCAAACCCAGUACAAAGAACACCCCGACGGGGACCUCGCCUACCCCAACCUGGACGAGGGCAGCGACCCCGCGGAGGAGGCUGAGGAGAGCCCCGCUUUCGGGCCGGCUCCGGAAACGCCCCCCCCCCCGCCUGCCCGUUUCUCCCCCUCCCAGGCGCACCGGCCUCAUCCCGAGCCACUGCCAGCUCCCCCCCGUCUUCUGUAA